AUGAAUUCAUCAAAUCAGGAGGCUUUGAUAUCAGAAAGUUUUCAAAUCCAUCGUGGACCUCCUUCCAUCUACCAGCUGAUAUCAAAGGAAGAAAUGAUUGGAACUUUGACCAGAGUGACGGUUGGUGAGAAAGAUGAGAAAAAGAGCAAUAAAACCAUCUUACUAGUUGGUGAAACAGGAGCAGGAAAGUCCACCAUGAUCAACGCUCUGUUCAACUAUGCUGUAGGAGUGAAGUUUGAGGAUAAAGUAUGGUUUCAGAUCGUAGAAAAGGAGGAGGGAAGAAGUCAAUCACAAAGUCAGACAUCAGAUGUGAUCGUCUAUCAGAUUUUCGGUUUUGAAGGUCAAAGUCUGCCGUUCUCUCUGACCAUCAUCGAUACUCCUGGAUUUGGAAGCACCAGAGGAUUUGAAGAAGAUAUCUCUGUCAGCAGAAGAUUGUUUGACUUGUUCCGAUCAGAAGAUGGAGUUCAUGAGAUCAAUGCAGUGGGUCUGGUGAUGAAGGCCAGUGAAAAUCGGCUGAGUGACCGACUGAUGUACAUCUUCAAUUCAGUGAUGUCUUUGUUUGGAAAAGACCUGGAGAAAAAUAUUGUGGUGCUUAUCACUCAUUCUGAUGGAAAAUCAGCACCAGAAAAUGUCUUUCAAGCUCUGAAAGAUGCAGAAAUUAAAUGUUCCAGAGAUGAGAUGAAUCAGCCUGCUCUCUUCAUGUUUAAUAAUCAACAGAUCAAACAGAGAAACAGAACAGAGAAAGAUCGGCAGAGUUCGAAAUACUUCUGGGACUUUACUAAUGAAGAAAUGGGUCGUUUAAGAGACUUUCUGAAAAAAAACAAACCUCAGCCUCUGAAAACAACCAUAGAGGUUCUGAAUGAACGGAUCAGACUGGAGGCCUGCAUCCAGAACCUGCAGGAGAGAAUCAAGCUGGCUGAACUGAAGCAGAGAUUAAUCAUACAGAUAGAAGCAGAGUAUAUUAAACAUGAAGAAGAGAUGAAGGAGAACAAGAACUUUACUAUAGAAGUUGAUGAGGCCUACAAAGAAAUAGAAACGAUCAAAGGAGGAAAGUGGGGUUUGGUGUUUUAUGAAGGAGCCGUCACCUGUUCUGUCUGUGAGGAGAACUGUCACUAUCCAGGAUGCACAAUGGCCAGGAAACCAGGACACUGCAAGGUCAUGAAGAGGGGGUACUGCACAGUUUGUACCAAGAAGUGUCCUGCAUCAGAUCAUAAGAAAGAAAACUGGAGAUAUGUAAUAAAGACCAAGAAAGUUCAGAAGACUCUGGAUGAUAUGAAGGAGAAAUAUGAAAAAAAUAAAGCUGAAUUUGAGACCAAGUCAAGUCUUUUGGAAAACAUGGAGACGGAAAACAGCAAACUAAAAGCAGAGUGGUCAUCACUGCUGGAUGAGGCCUACAAUCAUGUUAUCAAACUGGAUCAGAUCGCCCUUAAUGGUAACUCAGGUUACACUUUUAAACACCUGGACUACCUGAUUGAGAAGAUGAAUGAUAGGAGAGAAAAAGGGAAGGUCCAAAUACUAAAGGAGCUGAAGAUCAGAAUGGAGAAAGAAAUGGAGGGUCAAACCCCAAGACAGAGACUAACAUAUUGGUGCCGAAACCUGGGAGUCAAGAUCCAGUUGUCCAGGACCGUGUGGGACCAAGGCCAAGAAACUGUCGACAGCCGUCCCCCCCUUCGCCGGAUGGGGCCAAUAGGUUGGUCCAACCAUGCCCUGGGCAUCCUGGUAACGACUCCCAGAGGACUGAAUCUGCGCAGCGAAAGGAUAUGA